AAUCAACAAAACAACUAUUACCCAAACACCAAACCUAAUUAUUGGUCUCAUGAAAAUUAUCAAAAUGUCCCACAACCUAACUGGUCCCAUGAAAACUAUCAAAAUAUCCCAUAUCAGUGGAGUGAUUAUAAUCAACCGAAUAUAAAUAAUUAUCCCAACCAGCAGAAUCCCAAUUGGUCCAACGGAAAUAAUAAUAAUUGGCAAGUACAACCAAGCCAACAGCUAAAUACUGCAGAAGUCUUUGCAAAUGAUCGAGCUGCAGAUCCAAACCAACAAGCACUUCAAGCAGCGCCAAUGUACAAUGAAACCCAUAACCCAUGCACGAGAGAAAUCGUUAAACCAGAUUUCAAAAGGCCGGGCAGAAGAGUAAGCGAAGAGAAAUGCUUGGAUUAUAUUUGGCAGAUCAAGUUCAGAGAAGAUAGUAAGAUCAAAAACGCUGAAUGUACAAAAUAUCGACGUGAAUAUUUAAACAUUCAUGAAUAUCCAAUUAUUGGGGGACGCACUACGGUACCAGGAGAAUUUCCUCACAUGGUUGCUCUUGGCUGGAAGGCAGUGAAAGGUGAUUAUAUCUUCAAAUGCGGAGGGUCCCUCAUCAGCCCCAAGUUUGUGGUCACAGCUGCUCACUGCUCCAGGUCUGCUAAAGAUCCGAAAGUGUCCAACCAAGUGCCUGAAAUUAUUCGGCUUGGUGCAAAAAAUUUGGCUAAAAUGUUGGUGAAUGGUGAAUCCGCAUUUUAUCCAAGGGACAUAAAAAUUGUUAAAAUUACAAAUCAUCCCAAUUACAAAUCACCGAAACAAUACUCAGACAUUGCGCUUGUUGAAAUGGAGAAAGAAGUUGGAUUUGACACCAACGUUCAACCAGCCUGCCUUUGGCGUGUUCGAGACAUCGGCAACUUAGGGGCUGCAGUUUCAGCUUCUGGCUGGGGAGUUACUGAAGUCGGAGGUAAAACUACUACAACUGAACUGCAAGUAGGUGAUUUGGAUGUAAUCGACGACAACUACUGUGACCAGCUUCUGAGACCCAAGUGCAAUCGUUAUUGGUGCGGGCUGCAGGAACAUCAGAUGUGUGCUGGCAAGUUGGCUGGAGAUGUUGAUGCUUGCCAGGGUGAUUCUGGAGGACCUUUGCAAUCCAGAAUAAAUCUGGAUCCAAGACUAAAGGGAAAGAUGUACUACCUACUUGGAGUGACGUCAGUUGGUUUCGGCUGCGCUCGACAAAACACUCCAGGAAUCUACUCCAGAAUAUCCAGCUUCUUGGACUGGAUAGAGCCGAUUGUCUGGCCAAAUGGAGCAUAUGGCAACAGUGGCCGACAAACCAAGCAAGAAAUUCGAGAAUUCAAUCUGCCGGAUGCUGUGAGAAAUGAAGUAAAUGAAGAAGCCAGCAAUCGGCAAGCAGCCGAUAAUCAGGAUCCUCUUCAAGGCAGGCCACCGUGUAACACAACAACUGCAACUAAAAACCCUUGCACAAGAAACAUUGCUGUACCAAACUUUAGAAAACCUGGUAGAAGAUUAUCAGAAAUAAAAUGCUUGGAAUACAUAUGGGAUAUAAAGAAUGAAGAAGAAGGAAGAACCAAAGAAGAAUACUGUGGAAAAGAAACUACUACCGAACUAAGAGCAGGUGAUCUAGACAUCAUAAGCAACAACGAAUGUGACCCGCUUCUGCGACCCAUGUGCAAUCGUUUGUGGUGCGGGCUGCAGGAACAUCAGAUGUGUGCUGGCAAGUUGGAUGGAAGUGUAGACGCUUGUCAGGGUGACUCUGGAGGACCUUUACAAGCUAAAAUAAAUUUGCAUUCAUCUAUAAAUGGCAGGAUGUACUAUCUGCUUGGUGUGACGUCUUUCGGGUUCGGCUGCGCGCGCGCAAACACGCCUGGAGUCUUCACCAGAAUAUCCAGCUUCGUGGACUGGAUAGAGCCGAUUGCUGAUUCCAAUCAACAGCCACUAAACAGCGCGCCGCAGUACAAUAACACUAGUAUCUGUUCAAAGAACUUUGUAAAACCGAUUUUCAAAAAGCCUGGAAGAAGAAUAAGCGAAGAAAAAUGCUUGGAAUUCAUAUGGGAGCUAAAAAUGAGGGAAGAAGAAAAGAAAAGGGAGGAAGCAGCGUGUGAGGAGCCGGAUUUUGUUUAUGAAAUAAUAAGAGGUAGACUGGCAGAACCAGGGGAGUUUCCGCACAUGGGAGCUUUGGGUUGGAAGACAAUUGAAGGUGGUUGGAUAUUCAAGUGUGGCGCGACUCUGAUCAGUGAGAAAUUCAUGGUCACAGCUGGACAUUGCACCAAAUCUAUAAGGGACCGAAAAAUUUCCAAACAAGUGCCUGAGAUCGUUCGGAUUGGCGCUCGGAAUUUGAAUUUUCAGACAGAGGAACGAACGCCCUAUCCUAAGGAUGUGAAAAUCAAAAGGAUCAUACGUCAUCCGAAAUACCAGCCACCUCAGAAGAGCUUCGAUAUAGCGUUGAUAGAACUGAGUUACUGGUUGUAUUUUGAUGAGAAUGUGCAACCAGCGUGCCUCUGGACCAUAACCGACGUUAAUAAAUUGGACAAAAAACUUUCAGCCUCUGGUUGGGGUGCUACUGAAAUUGGCGAGAAAAAGACCACCGCCGAAUUGAGAGUCGGCGAGUUAGACUUAGUCGACAAAGACGUAUGCAACCAGCUCUUGAAUAAGAUGUGCAGUCGGCUGUGGUGUGGGUUAGAGGACCAUCAGAUGUGUGCUGGGAAACUGGACGAAGGUGAUUCUGGAGGACCAUUGCAAGCUCCAAUUAGUCUACCACCAUCGAUCCAGGGUAAAAUGUACUACCUGGUGGGUGUGACGUCUUUCGGCUUCGGCUGCGCGCGCGCGAACUCUCCCGGCGUCUACACCAGAGUAUCCAGCUUCGUGGACUGGAUAGAGCCGAUUGUGUGGCCCAAUGCGACCAAUAGUGAAUAA